CAUUUUCCAAUUCCCAAUUCAAAACCCUAAAUUUCUCGAAAGUUUCAAAUUCUCAAUUCUCUAAUGGCGCCAAAGGGAGAGAAGAAGCCCGCUGAAAAGAAACCCGCAGAGGAGAAGAAGUCUACGGUGGCUGAGAAGGCUCCCGCUGAGAAGAAACCCAAGGCCGGAAAGAAGCUUCCCAAGGAAGCCGGUGCCGCCGCCGGAGACAAGAAGAAGAAGAGAAACAAGAAGAGUGUCGAGACAUACAAGAUCUACAUCUUCAAAGUUCUGAAGCAGGUUCACCCAGACAUUGGUAUCUCAAGCAAGGCCAUGGGAAUCAUGAACAGCUUCAUCAACGACAUCUUCGAGAAGCUUGCUGCUGAAUCUUCCAGACUUGCAAGGUACAACAAGAAGCCAACAAUCACAUCAAGGGAAAUUCAGACUGCUGUCAGACUUGUUCUUCCUGGAGAAUUGGCUAAGCAUGCUGUUUCAGAGGGAACCAAAGCUGUGACUAAGUUUACAAGUGCUUGAUUUUUGUACAAUUUGCUGUGUGCUUAUUAAUGUUUAUUUUAGGUUCACUUCUAGUAGAAUUAGGUCUGAAUUAAUGUGUAAUUUUCAUCUGAAUCAAAUGAAUCCUUUUGUGAAUGAAUGAAUCUAUGUUGUUUACUCAA